AGGAUAUGAGAUGGAGUGAGUGUUUAAUAAAACGUGUGUGCCUGUCAGUGUGCGUAACUCCCCAAAUGUCUUUAUUACAAUGUUUGUAAUGAAUGUCUUUGGCUGAAAAAAUAAUCUCUUGUCACACGAACGAGCACACGAUGUAGAUUGACUUUAGAAAGAACCUCUGAACAUAUUAUUAUCAAGGUAAAACCUCUCAUAUCUCUCUGUCGAAUCAACAAAUUGAAGACAUUUCAGCCAGGCUAGUCAAGUGUAAAAGAUGGAUGUUAUUUUCUGUGUUUUCACGGUUCUUGUCACCCAACAAUCCUCAUAUUUUUAUCAGCAAGUUAAUGCCCAAGAUGCCGAAUUUAGUGGAAAUGGAUACAUCGUGCACAACGAGUCUUGCUACUUCUUCUCAAACAUCCAAUCAAAUUUCAGGACAUCGAAUCUAUUUUGUAAAAAUCAUGGAAUGCACUUGGUUUCCAUACAAUCUUCUAACGAGCAGUCGUUUCUUGUCGAAAAGAUCAUGAAGAGAGGUAUUGAAGAUUACUGGAUAGGUCUAUCAAGGUUUUCAUGGUUAGAUGGAUCUCCUCUGUCGUAUAUUAACUUUCCAGAAAUCAACAAGGCUCUUGAUGAUGACGGAAGGUGCUUCAGGUUAAGAGCCCACAGGAAUAAUUGGCAUGAUGCACCUUGUUCCCUCCAAUACAAGUUUAUCUGUGAAGUGGAAUAUGAUUUUUCUUUAUUAUGCCUCAUGGGGGAGUUCAGACAUUACGUGUAUGACCAGUCCUGUUAUUACUUUUCUACGCUCAUUGAAAACUUCAAAACUUCAAAAUCAAGAUGUGAAAACUUUGGAAUGCAUCUCGUGUACAUCGAAUCCGAGGAUGAAGAGCAGUUCUUGAUCUCGAAGCGUGAAGACGACACUGACUAUUGGAUAGGGAUGGCCAGUGUGGGCUGGCGAGACGGGUCACAGAUCAACUACAAAAACUUCCGUGAUGUUCAGAGCACGUUCGACAGGGGCGGUUUGUGCUUCCUGUUACGACAUCCGGAUUUUGACUGGCACGAUAUGACCUGUGAUUCAACGCAUCGUUACAUCUGUGAAAAGGUGUUCGAUGGGCAAGCCCAUAUGAUAUCCACCUCCUUCAAACUUGCAGCUGACGAUGCAACGCUGGACGAUGAAGCCAUUAUAUCAUCCUACUCGGUGCGCUCAGUACUUAGGUGCGCGAAGUUGUGUAUGGGUGACAAAGAUUGUGCUUACUUUACAUUUAUUGCACACGAGAGGGCGUGUUCUAUUGGCCGGUCAUUACUCGCAGCGGACGUUUCUCACUUGGAACCACGACAUGGAGCUCGGACGUACUCCAUAAUUUAGAAUUUAAAUGAAGAAUUGAUUCGAUGAUUUCGAGUUCAAUAUCAUUCGUGUACUAGGAAUAAUAUGUAAGCUCUCUCGCAUAAUAUAUAGCGUUUGAUUUGACUUUGAACGCUUCUUAUAUUAAACAAAUUCAUGAAUAUAGGCUUAUAAUUAUCAUCAUCUACAUAUCAUCUGCUCUUUUGUUAAGAAUAUAAACACCAUUCCCUAUGAAUUGGAUGUUUCGAGUUUACAUUUGCUCAUUCGUUCUGCUGUCUUUUCUUGUCUUGCUUCGUGAAAAUGUGUUAAUACCUUCGACACGUAGAACGUGUAAAGCAUGAUGAUCAUACCUUGGAGCUAUAGCUCCAUGAUCAUAAUUUCCCCCGACGUACUACUUUAAGAAGAACACACACAAAGAACAAUAUCUGUGAUAUAUUUUAAUGUUUUUAGAUUUUCGUUUAUAUAUAAAUACAAACGAUGAACCUGUUGAAUAUAGGGCGACCAGCAUUAUAAUGCAUACAUGUAUGACAGUGUAUGAAUAUAUACAAGUUGACUGUUCAUGUACAAUCAUGCAAAUUGUCAUAUCCCUUUGUGAAUUUGUUUAUUUAUCAUGUUGUUUUCAUUAUUAUGCUCAUAAAGUUUUGGCAAAUUAAAUGUUCGAUCGUAAUUUC